GCGGCGGCAUGUCCUGAGGCGGCGGCGCGGAGCCGGGCCCGCAGCCGGGCCCCACCACGGAGGGGUCGGUGGAGCAGCGGGCCAAGGGCCGGGCCCCCAUGAAGGACAAGGAGGCGGGGGCGGAGCGGGGCAAGCCCGCCACUUACACCGGCGAGAAGAAGGCGCGCAUGGCGGCCAAGACCAACAAGAAGUGGGUGCGCCUGGCCACCGUGCUGGCCUACGUCCUCUCCGUGUCGCUGGCCGCCAUCGUCCUCGCCGUCUACUACAGCCUCAUCUGGCAGCCGGUGCGCGGCGGCUCCGGCCCCGGCCCUGCCGCCGCCACCGCCUCGCAGCCCCGCGCCGCGCCGCCGGGCCCCGCCGCCAGCCCCGCGCCCGGCCCCCCGCGGGACGCGCCGCCGCCGCCGCCCCCCGGCCCCGGCCCCACGGACAUGGACUCGGAGCGUCCGGACGCGUCCUCGCCGCCGCCCGGGGCCGAGGCGGGCGCUGCGGGAGGCCCCUGA